UAUCCGAUGGAGUUGUAUCCGAUGGUGGUAAAAAUCAUUGAAAUAAUUGACCAUCAACUGAAGUGGUUUUGAUUAAAAGUUUUCUGAAAAAAAAAAUUUUGUUAACUAGGAGCCUACUUAGUCGAAUAUCUAGAUGCGCGUUUCACCCGGUAUACACAUUACACGCCCACAUUACAUAUUGUCCAUUUACAGCUAGUUUUAUCUCAAAUGAAAUCUGAUAUGGAAAAAUGUAACACUGAAAACUCAUUAAUCAUGUUUUAAGAUUUGAACCGCUUCCUAAACCACAGCCGCUGGUCAAAACUGUUUCGAUCACUCUCAAUUAUGUAUUUGUCAUUCAGCUAUUUUUUUCCCAAACAUAAACAUUUUACACUCACUUUACUUAUGUGGGUUUGGUCAAAAGUGUGACCACCAAGUCAAAGGCACAAAAGAAGUAAUCAAUCUCCUAACUUACUUUAAGGAACACUUUGCCUAAAUUGGAUUGAUAAUCAACCAAGUAAUAAAGUGUGCUAUAUGAUUAAUAUAUCAGGAAACAAGGGGAAUAUUGAAGAAAAAAACGAAAAUUUCCCACAGGAAUUGUUUCGAGUGUGUUAGUUCUCACCAGUGAGGUUUUGGCUGAAAGUAACACUAUCUGCACUUUUAUUUGAUAAUUUCAUUUAUUCAAUUCCCUACAAUUUGCAGUCUAUUUUGAGUGUAAAUUGCGAGUGGGUCAAAAUUUAGAUCAGUUUUCUUUUCACAUACGUUGUAGUUUAUUUAAAACCAUCAUCAAGUUGAACUUUCUAUUUGCAUUUGUUUCAUGCGAGUAAAUUACCAAAAUGUUUGUCUGAUGAUUGCUCCUUAUGUAUAAACCGAAACGUGCUUAAUAGAACAAUCGAGGUGGACGUUGCGUUCAAAUUAACUGCCUAACGAAUUUAAACUUGUAAUCAAAAAUUUGAUUGAGUUCAACGCAUUGUAAUUAAUUUUUUCCAAUUUAAUAUAAAUAUGUACAUGAAUAUUUUUUUUUCAUUUCAAUAUUUCUUCUUAUGAUGUUAACUGACUAAAAUGUUGCGAAAGCGAUAAUACUGCUAAUAAAUUGCAAUUCAAAAAUUCCGGAGCAAUUUUUCAUCAAACAGUGAGAAACCGACCGAGUUGAAAGAACAAUGCAAGUGAGCAUAAAAAAAAUUCCGGUUUAUAUACAUUUUAGUUGCUGAUGUUUUCCUUCUUCUUAUUAAAUGGUUCAUUCGUAGGCAACCUAUAAGCAGCCAGGUUUGUGUUUUUGGUCUCAUCAUCGGAAAAAUCAUUUUGAAAUUUCGAAAACGCUAAAAGUUAGAAACAGUUCUAAACGAAGCAAAACUAUUUUUUUAAAUAGAACUAUGAAUCAGUUUUGGAGCGGUUUUGGAGCUCCUUUUACGCGCAAAAAAUGAUAGAAAUGCAAAUUCUGUUUUAUGUUUGAAAAAUAUUUUUGCUUAAUGAUUUGGUAGGCAUUAAUUGUGAUCGAUCGAAUAACUGCGUGAACUAUAGGGUUGGUUCAGGGACAUCAGGAUUGAAAAAGAAAGUCAAAUGUUCGAUACAAGGAAAUAUGUGACUGCAUGUAUCCACCCUCUAUAAGGAAUUCAUAACACAUUCUAAUGGACUAUUACAUUUUUUCAAAGUGAACUUUUAUUUACAUUCGAUUCAUAUUAAAAAGUAAGAGUAGGUGUACGAGUGGGGUUUACAACAGUCUACCAACUCUCUAAACCGCGCUUUACUUUAACACUUCAGUCACAAUUUCGCACUCGUUUGACAAUGUUAACAAUUCAUUAAGUUCUUGUCGCAUUUUGGCCGUGCGUUUCUUGUCGUUGAUUGUUUUCCUUUGCUUGUUCGAAAAGUUGAAAAAUCGCGCCGUUUCGCUUAGUUGUCCUCACUUCAUUCGGUCGUUUCUUUCAAGUUUCAACGAUUUUCCUAUAGGACACCGUUUAGUUGACGAAUCAUGGCAUUCUCGUGAAAUCCACCGUAAUGGCUCUUCUGAACUUCAGCGCCCCAUUCCUGGCCACCCCCAAUCCCCUCACCAACUUCUACCAGCCGCCCCAGCCGCCGCAGCCGCCCACCCAUCAGCUGCCGCCCUACCGCACCUCCUACACUUAUCCGCCGCCCCAAAGACCCUUCCUGGACGAGGAUUAUGGGGCCAAUCAGCGCCAGCCAUCCAGCCCGCAAUCGGGCAAUGCCAAUCAGCAACAGCCGCAACAGGGGCCGUAUCAAACGCCUCCAAACGAUCGACAAACACCGCAACAAUUGCCUACGUUCACGCGUGUGACCGAUCCAGGAAGUAAAACGAAAGUGCAUGCAGUUAUAGAUUAUGACUAUGAGGAUGAGGACGAACCCAUGCCUCCAGUGACUCCGAUUCAGGGGCCGAUUUACAUUAAAAACGGUUCUGUGCCGGUAGUGCCACUCUAUUCACAUCCCGUGUUGAAUAAUGGCAGUUUUGUUCAAAUUCCGAUAUUAUGGACAGCCCUAUCAGUAGCUCUAGGUCUAGAAUUAAGAGGGGAGUACAUUCGGGGAGUUCCGUGCAUAAAGCGACACCAACAACUCUUUUGCCCUACAGCCGGAAAUUCGUAUCCAUUAGACAGAAUAGAGCUGUUCAUAGACGAAAACAAGGCUCUGAUGAAGCGCAUGUAUGGCGAGUUUAUUAUGCCGGAAUUUGAAGAUGAUGGCUCAUACAGUGGCGGGACCAAGCAGAAGAGAUCGGUAAAACCGGGGGUUCCAGAUUUGCACUUUGAUCCUGGUCCGGAACCACCCGAACAUUCCGAAAAGCACCAUCGUCGCACGGCCCGACAAAACUUCAAGAACAUGAAUUUCAAUAACAACAAAAGCAACGAGAGUGGAAGAGUCGAUGCUUGUGAGAGUAAACUGGAAAUUGUGACUCCCUACUGGGCGUCGAACUCAGCAGGAAAAGUCCGCGCCAUCGUGAACACGCAGCAUUUCGAGCAAGCCAUUCAUCAAGAAGUUUGCGCAAAAACCAGCACCAAACGAUGUGCCGGCGAUUGUGGCUGCGAGCAAAAAUACAAAUGGCAUCGUCUUCUGGCUUAUGAUCCAGACAACGACUGCAGGGGCAUUUUCAUGGAUUGGUUCCUAUUCCCGUCCUGUUGCGUUUGCAGGUGUAACCCUUAACACGAGGAACUUCCACUAGAUAGUCGAUUAUGUAUUAGGAAGUAUGUACAUUGCGAAUGAAUGCAAAUUUUACUAGAUUUUGACAAAGAUAUUUUCGGAACGGACUUCUUGCGUCGUUUCGCACCAAUUCGUCAUUAAUGUGAUAAAUUUAGCCCACUAAAUGAUUCUCCACUCGUCAUAUUACAAUUUUAUGUGGUAGGGGAUGUAAAAUGCGUCUAUAAAUCCAAUGUUUUCAAUGAGUAAAAUUUAGGCUAUUAUAGGAUCACCUACAAUACUAUUCCAGACUUUCACUGCUGCUUUUUGCACUUUGAAUUUUUUCCUGUCUCCGAUUCUAAGCUCUUGAACUCUUUCAACAUUCAGCAGCAUUUUACGGCAAAAACGUGCAAAUUUGCAAAAAAUGGAUCAGUACAUUGGAUCUAUUGCGUGCCAAAGACUCAUCCAACACAAUGUGAGCAAAUAAAACCGCAAACCCCAGGUAUAACUUUACAUUUCACCACACAUUUAAGCAAAUGCCUUAGAAUAAGCUGGACGAAGUGUCCAAGUUACCUUUCGAUAGUUUGUAAGAUUUGUAACUGAAACGAUGGUGCACUAUUUUUGAGAUGAACCAUACAAGGUAGUCUUGUGUCGCCUUGUGUGUAUAUUUUCUUAUAUUUAUAGCUAGACGUGUAACUAGAUGUAAACUGCUGCCAUUUCUGUAAUCGUAAUAGUAGGAAUAAUAGAAAACAAUAAAUUAUUUGAAAACUU